UUCGCUCUCUCCUCAAUGAAUGAAAUCCACCAUCGCCACACCUCCAUGCAAGGACUGUCUCGAGCGCUGCCACUUGUCUCAACCACAGGUAUGCGCCUCUCACUCAACUCUGCGAAGACAUUAGUCAACAAAUGCCGCUACUUGGUGCUUUUAUCCAUUUUUUCCCCCAUGUGAAUGAAUGGAACAUAUUUUCAAACAAGACAUCGCUCAAGAGUAUUUGCUGAACAUAGCUGAGAAGUUCACAUUUGAUAAUAACUGAUUUAAAGCCUGACCAUGGCGACAAUUGGAGAUUUCGACCCGCUCAACUCAACCGUACCUGCGACCAAGAUUGAAGUUACCGUCUCGUGCAGGAACCUGCUGAAUAUGGACACCUUCUCCAAAUCAGACCCUGUUGUAGUGUUGUACGUUCAAGGCAUCGGGACAAAGGAGUGGAGAGAGUUUGGCCGAACGGAAGUGAUUGAUAACACGCUGAACCCGGACUUUGUGCGGAAGUUUGUCCUGGAUUUCUUCUUCGAGGAGAAGCAGAAUCUUCGCUUUGAUGCGUACAAUGUGGACACCAGAAGUUCAAACAUUUCAAAACAUAAGGACUUCCUGGGCCAGAUGUUCUGCACUCUGGGGGAGAUCAUCGGUUCCACAGGCAGUCGGCUGGAGAGAACCCUCUCUGGGAUCCCAGGGAAAAAGUGUGGGAACAUCAUAUUCACCGCUGAGGAACUGAGUAACUGCAGGGACAUUGCUACCAUGCAGCUGUGUGCCAACAAGCUGGACAAGAAAGACUUCUUCGGCAAGUCAGACCCAUUCCUGGUCUUCUACCGCAGUAAUGAAGACGGAACGUUCACCAUCUGCCAUAAGACGGAGGUGGUAAAGAAUACUCUGAACCCUGCGUGGCAGCCCUUCACCAUCCCUGUACGAGCCCUCUGUAACGGAGACUAUGACAGGACAGUCAAGGUGGACGUGUAUGAUUGGGACAGAGAUGGAAGUCAUGACUUCAUUGGCGAGUUCACCACCAGCUACAGAGAAUUCUCCAGAGGCCAGAGCCAGUUCAACGUCUAUGAGGUUCUAAACCAUAAAAAGAAAGGCAAGAAGAAGAAAUACAUCAAUUCAGGGACAGUCACACUGCUGUCCUUUAAAGUGGAGUCAGAGUACACGUUUGUAGACUUCAUCCGGGGAGGGACGCAACUCAACUUCACAGUGGCCAUCGAUUUCACAGCGUCUAAUGGUAACCCAUCCCAGCCCACCUCUCUGCACUACAUGAGUCCCUACCAGAUGAAUGCCUACGCAAUGGCCCUGAAGGCUGUGGGGGAGAUCAUCCAGGACUACGACAGUGACAAGAUGUUCCCUGCCUACGGCUUUGGAGCAAAGCUGCCCCCGGAUGGCAAGAUCUCCCAUGUCUUCCCACUGAACUCCAACAGUGAGAACCCAAACUGUGUGGGUAUCGAGGGAGUGUUGGAGGCCUACUUCCAGAGUCUCCGAACUGUUCAGCUCUACGGGCCCACCAACUUCGCUCCUGUCAUCAACCAGGUGGCACGGUGUGCUGAGGAUGUGACUGACGGAUCCCAGUACUUUGUGCUGUUGAUGAUCACAGACGGAGUCAUCUCAGACAUGAUGCAGACCAAGGAGGCUGUGGUCAAUGCUGCCGCUCUGCCCAUGUCUAUCAUCAUAGUGGGAGUGGGUCCUGCUGAGUUUGAUGCGAUGGAGGAACUGGACGGUGACGAGGUCAGAGUGUCCUCUAAGGGGCGCAUUGCCGAGCGAGACAUAGUCCAGUUUGUGCCUUUCCGGGACUACAUAGACCGCCAGGGCAACCAGGUGCUGAGCAUGGCACGGCUGGCCAAGGACGUGUUGGCAGAAAUCCCUGAGCAGCUGCUGGGUUUCAUGAAGACGAGGGACAUCGAGCCCCAGCCCGCCCUGCCCGCCUCCUCCACCACCACUACCACCCCGCCAGGACUCCACAAGCUGCGCAUCUGAGAGAGGGGUUUGGGUUUGGGUGGGGGUGGGGGUCUUGGGUUCUUGGGUUUAGAGACAUUGUUUGGACCAUUUUCAGUUGCAGCAAAUACCUGAAGAGACACACACUGAAGCCGUUGGGGUGCACAUACGCACGCACGCACGCACACACACACACACACACACACACACACACACACACACACACACACACACACACACACACACACACACACACACACACACACACACACACACACACACACACACACACACACACACCCACAGACUGCAGUAGCGAUUCCCUGCCUGGUGAACACCGCCAUGCUGUGAUGUAACAACUUAAUGUACAGCUUAACAAGGGUCAAAUGGAGCAUGACCUUUGGAGCGAGAACUGUUGGAACUCCUUCCGUGGUUGCCAACCCCUCACUGGCCCCUUAGCUUCUUUUUUAUGCAGGGGUCAAGGAAUGGUCACGGUUAAACGCUGGAAAAAAAGAGUUUGUGGGUUUGUGGGCUUCUCAACUGACAGAAAGAGCGAUCGAUGUUCACCAUUUUUUCCUAUGCCUCACUAGCCACGCAUGCAAUGAGUGUUUCAUUCUCACAUCUUUUGUGGUCCAAAACGGAAACAAAUUGGCCACUUGGGUUGCAAUGGCAGUACUUUACUUUGUUCACUCUCUGGCCAAUGUAUAUUUCCAUGUGUACAAUGACACAAUACAAACAUUGAAGAAAGUGGGACAGCCGGUUAAUAUCCAAAACAAGUGAAAGGCACAGGAAGUCUAUUCAUGUUUGAUUUCUUCUCAGGGCAUUUCUGAAAGCUUUUGGAUGAGUUUCGCAAAACAAGGGAGACGGUAACAAGAUGGCGUCUCUGGACGGUUGAGGUCUCAGCCUCGGGAUCUGGAGUCAUUGGGUGUUUCUCAAAAUGCAUACUACCGUGCUCCGAGCACGCAAAUUGGAGCACGGGAGGGUCAGAGUAUGAGUUCAAAUCAAAGUAUGCGAAACGAAGCACAGAGGGCACUUCUGGAAUGUGUACUCCAUUUGUGCUUAUGUUGAAGCAUGCAUCAAUGCAAGCUUCAACGGAAAGUAUGCAAAGAAAUAUGAUGCAAACACGUAAAAAAUGACACAAAAUGUAUUGAAAUCAAUGGUGGCCAUUAUUUGAGCUGAAGCAAGAGAAAAUACACAUCUAUUCAGAAUGAAAUGUUGCUUAUUCACAUCUCAUAUAUUGCCUGACUAUAAUAUUUUAUUUUGAUACGUUAAUAAAUACAGGCGGUGUCCAUUUUGGCAUGUUUAUCUGCCUACAUACCGUAUAUCACAAGCCCAUAAUAGGUUAAUAGGGCUAACUGGCUAGCAACUAGUACUGUUAGCUAGCCAGAUAGCCACAAAGAAUUGUUAGCUAGCAACCCAUGAAGAAUCUAUCUCACAUAAUAUUAGUUUUAGAUAAUUUUUGCAUGUUAAAAUAUCUGUUUAGCUACAUAAUUAUGCUAGCUGAUAGUUAUGAAGUAAAACGGUUGCUUUGUGUAUAUCUUGAUUCGUUGCUAUUGCCAUUGUUGACCUGACUGGAAGACGGUUCAGUGAAUGGGUAUGUGCAUAGUAAGUCAAUAGGGCAAACUGGCUAGCUAGCUAGCCAUGAAGAAUUGGUAGCUACCAAUGAAAUAUGUACAGUUGAAGUCAGAAGUUUACAUACAUCUUAGCCAAAUACAUUUAAACUCAGUUUUUCACAAUUCCUGACAUUUAAUCCUAGUAACAAUGCCCUGUCUUAGGUCAGUUAGGAUCACCACUUUAUUUUAAGAAUAUGAAAUGUCAGAAUAAUAGUAGAGAGAAUGAUUUAUUCCAGCUUUUAUUUCUUUCAUCACAUUCCCAGUGGGUCAGAAGUUUACAUACACUCAAUUAGUAUUUGGUAGCAUUGCCUUUAAAUUGUUUAACUUGGGUCAAACGUUUCGGGAAGCCUUCCACAAGCUUCCCACAAUACGUUGGGUGAAUUGUGGCCCAUUCUUCCUGACAGAGCUGGUGUGACUGAGUCAGGUUUGUAGGCCUCCUUGCUCGCACAUGCUUUUUCAGUACUGCCCACAAAUGUUCUAUGGGAUUGAGGUCAGGGCUUUGUGAUGGCCACUCCAAUAUCUUGACUUUGUUGUCCUUAAGUUUCUAUUUUUACUUAUAUAGUUUAUAUAUUUAUUUAUUUAUUUUAAUUUUAUAUAUUUAUACAUUUCUAUUUUUGUUUCAUCAGACCAGAGGACAUUUCUCCAAAAAGUACAAUAGCCAAACCGUAGUCUGGAUUUUUUAUGGCGGUUUUGGAGCAGUGGCUUCUUCCUUACUGAGCGGCCUUUCAGGUUAUGUCAAUAUAGGACUUGUUUUACUGUGGAUAUAGAUACCUCUGUACCUGUUUCCUCCAGCAUCUUCACAAGGUCCAUUGCUGUUGUUCUGGGAUUGAUUUGCACUUUUCGCACCAAAGUACGUUCAUCUCUAGGAGACAGAACGCGUCUCCUUCCUGAGCGGUAUGACGGCAGCGUGGUCCCAUGGUGUUUAUACUUGCGUACUAUUGUUUGCUAAGAUGAACGUGGUACCUUCAGGUGUUUGGAAAUUGCUCCCAAGGAUGAACCAGACUUGUGGAGGUCUACAAUUUAUUUUAUGAGGUAUUGGCUGAUUUCUUUUGAUUUUCCCAUUAUGUCAAGCAAAGAGGCACUGAGUUUGAAGGUAGGCCUUGAAAUACAUCCAUAGGUACACCUCCAUUUGACUCAAAUGAUGUCAUUUAGCAUAUCCGAAGCUUCUAAGACAUGACAUCAUUUUCUGGAAUUUUCCAAACUGUUUAAAGACCCAGUCAACUUAGUGUAUGUAAACUUCUGACCCACCGGAAUUGUGAUACAGUGAAUUAUAAGUGAAAUAAUCUGUCUGUAAACAAUUGUUGGGAAAAUGACUUGCGUCAUGCACAAAGUAGAUAUCCUAAUCGACUUGCCAAAACUAUAGUUUGUUAACAAAGAAUUUGUGGAGUGGUUGAAAAACGAGUUUUAAUGACUCCAACGUAAGUGUAUGUAAACUUCCAACUUCAAUUGUACAUCUACCUUGCAUAACAUUAGUUGUAAGUCAUUUUUUCCUGUUUAACUAGUUGGCUAGCUAGAUUAUUACGAUUCACAGAUCUAGCUGAUAAUUAUAAAGUAAAACGUUUGCUUUGUGUAUAUCUUGUUUCGUCUAUUGUUGCCAUUGUCCUGGCUGGAAGAAGGUUCAGUGGUGGUGAAUUGUGAGGUAGUACAGUAGAGGGAGUGCGAGUGCUUCUCAAAUGUAUUGUUUUAUGCAUUCUCCACACUCUCGUCCUCAUAAGAAUGUACUCAAGAGAACAUGGUCGGAGAAUGCACUCGGAGCAUGAGAGUGUGCAGCACGGUAGUAUGCAUAUUGAGAAACGGCCAUUGUGUUCAUAUAUCUGUACAUCAUGUCCUUGUUUAAGGACUGGUUCCUCUUGCCCAGGGGGCGAUUGAAAAGUGAUUAUAUUGUUUUAUGCCAGUCCUCACUAUAUGUAUCUAUUUAUGUAUGUAUGUAUGUAUGUAUUUGGAUAUCUUAGCCACGUUACCUCAUGAUAAAUAUAUUCUCUAUAUUACUGAUAUAUUCCACGUGUUGAAAUGUAUAUAUGUUUCAUAUGAUGGCCUGUGAAAGCUCUAUAUUACAGAUCAGAAAAUACAUUCAGAGACAGGAUGUGUGAAUAUUGAAAUAACUUAAGGGCCUGCUGGCUGGCAAUGCGUACUCCUGUUGAGAGCGAAGUCUUGAUCUUUCAAAUGACGGGUCGGAAAUUAAAAUUGUCUUGAGAUGGAAAUAGCUUUAGCGCCCCCAUUUAUUUUUCUACCACCAUACAACUGGUCGUCUGACGUCCAACUGACGUCCCUCCACAGGUUCAUUCUGACCCAAACACUGGUCUGAAUAUACCACAGUACCUAGGCAAUAUUUUUUACUUCUCCUUGAUUUCCCCCUUCCAAAUGUAAACUUUUCCAAGCUUUUGGUCAAUGGUGGCAAAACCUGCUCCGUCUUUCAAACACUUAAGUGCUUAGAUAUAGCAAAUAACAUGUCAAAGCAUCAGGGUCAACUUUGCGUCACUCCAUUUUUGCUAGAAAGAGGAGCGAAGAGAAAGAGAUUGUGCCUCAGCAUAAAUUGUUCUCAAAAGUGGGGUCCCUCGCCACUAAGCCUGUUUCGAAGGAGUUGCAAUGGGCUGAUUUACUUUGCAUAUUUAUGCAUGGUUUCUUUCCGCCACAACUCUGGUUUCCAAGAUAUGGGUCUAUAUUUUUUCAUUAUUUUGGCCGGGCUCAUAGGAUCUACACAAGUUUAUUUACAAUGCAUGUCAUUUUUUUGUAGGCCUACUUGUCUUGUUAUUAUAUAUUUUUUCUUUGAGAAAUUCCUGACUAUAACGGAUCAUUCAAACACAGAGAUUUUGUUCACAGUCAAGUCUCUAUUCCGACUUGUUUGAUUUCUCUCUCUUUUACUGCAUACACACUUUAUUCUCUAUUUUCUUUCACUCACUCACUCACUCCACUCACUCACUCUUCACUCACUCUUCACUCACUCACUCACUCACUCACUCACUCACUCACUCACUCACUCACUCACUCCACCAUAGUGAUAGUUACUACUACUAAAAAGACUGCCAUUAACCUUCUGACAGCUUUCUGGGGAUGUGUCAAAAACAGACAUAGCUUCUCUUGCACAAAUUUGAUUUCUCUGUAAGUAAAUUGCACAACAACAGUUAGUCGAUGUCGUGCCAAAUGCCAUCGUUCCUUUUUCCUACAGCACUUAAGGAGAAUUUUGGACUUAAACCGUAUUGGGAAGUGGCCCUUAGAUACCCUGGGAAGAGAUGAACCAUUAGGGAAACAUUUGUCACCAAACUUUUGGGGAAUGAUCAAGCAUUUGGGACAUUGUAACAGUAGGUCAACAGGGGCUAUAGAAUAAGAUGGACAAUAGUAUGAAGGGUUGUCUUAUGAUUUAUGACAUUGGGAUAUGGAUACGUGGCCUUAAUUCUGUCAUAAUCCCACAAGUGUGAGUAGGCAGGAUUCUAUUUUUAAUUGAUUCAAUGCAAGUCAUAAUUCCAUUAUUUUGAACGCUAACCUGAUUAGUCAACACAUUUCUGAUGGUUGUCGUCAUCGAGAAUAACCGUUUUUCACAUUUUAAAUUGACUAAAACAUUUCUAAAUAUUUGAUGAGUGUUCUAUGCUGGGUUGGUUUUGUAUGAUAUCGGAUUGUGUAUUGAAUUCCGACAAUAUUCUUUGUUGUACACUGUAUAGUAUACAGGAACUGCCAAAACGGCUUAGGAAGGCCACCAAAAAUUCAGAAAUGUCCAUCCCCAACUAUAACAUUCUCCGCCAAGAUAGAACUGCCAAAGGGGGUGGAGUUGCAAUCUACUGCAGAGAUAGCCUGCAGAGUUCUGUCACACUAUCCAGGUCUGUGCCCAAACAGUUCGAGCUUCUACUUUUAAAAAUCCACCUCUCCAGAAAUAAGUCUCUCACUGUUGCCGUUUGUUACAGACCCCAGCUGUGCCCUGGACACCGUAUGUGAAUUAAUUGCCCCCCAUUUCUUAUCAGAGUUUGCACUGUUAGGUAACCAAAACUGGGACAUGCUUAACACCCCGGCCGUCCCACAAUCUAAGCUAGAUGCCCUCAAUCUCUCCUAAAUGAUCAUGGAACCUACCAGGUACAACCCCAAAUCCAUAAACACGGGCACCCUCAUAGUGUGUAUUGUGUGUAACAGUGAUAACACCAAGUAAAACUGAAAUGAUAACUUAACACACAAAAUAUAAAUAUCCAUUAACAAACUUCUUAUAGCUUAGACUAAUUUCCACUUCCUGAACACAUACUACUUAAAUAAAAAACAUAGCCUUUUCUUAGUAAAACGCAAAAGUAAAAAUGAUAUCAUCCUGACCAACUUGCCCUCUAAAUACACCUCUGCUGUCUGAUCUCAGCGAUCACUGCCUCAUUGAUCACUGCCUCAUUGCCUGCGACCGUAAUGCGUCCGCGGUCAAACGACCACCCCUCAUCACUGUCAAACGCUCCCUUAAACACUUCAGCGAGCAGGCCUUUCUAAUCGACCUGGCCCGGGUAUCCUGGAAGGAUAUUGACCUCAUUUCGUCAGUAGAGGAUGCCUGGUUAUUCUUUAAAAGUGCUUUCCUCACCAUCUUAAAUAAGCAUGCCCCAUUCAAAACAAAAUUAACCAGGAACAGAUAUAGCCCUUGGUUCACUCAAGACCUGACUGCCCUUGACCAGCACAAAAACAUCCUGUGUCGUUCUGCAUUAGCAUCGAAUAGCCCCCGCGAUAUGCAACUUUUCAGGGAAGUUAGGAACCAAUAUACACAGGCAGUUAGGAAAGCAAAGGCUAGCUUAUUCAAACAGAAAUGUGCAUCCUGUAGCACAAACUCCAAAAAGUUCUGGGACACUGUAAAGUCCAUGGAGAAUAAGAUCACCUCCUCCCAGCUGCCCACUGCACUGAGGCUAGGAAAUACUGUCACCACCGAUAAAUCCACGAUAAUUGAGAAUUUCAAUAAGCAUUUUUCUAUGGCUGGCCAUGCUUUCCACCUGACUACCCCUACUCCGGUCAACAGCUCUGCACCCCCCACAGCAACUUGCCCAAGCCUCCCCCAUUUCUCCUUCACCCAAAUCCAGAUAGCUGAUGUUCUGAAAGAGCUGCAAAAUCUGGACCCCUACAAAUCAGCUGGGAUAGACAAUCUGGACCCUCUCUUUCUAAAACUAUCUGCCGCAAUUGUUGCAACCCCUAUUACUAGCCUGUUCAACCUCUCUUUCUUAUCGUCUGAGAUCCCCACAGAUUGGAAAGCUGCCGCGGUCAUCCCCCUCUUCAAAGGGGGAGACACCCUAGACCCAAACUGUUACAGACCCAUAUCUAUCCUAUCCUGCCUUUCUAAGGUCUUCGAAAGCCAAGUUAACAAACAGAUCACCGACCAUUUCGAAUCCCACUGUACCUUCUCCGCUAUGCAAUCUGGUUUCUGAGCUGGUCAUGGGUGCAUCUCAGCCACGCUCAAGGUCCUAAACGACAUCAUAACUGCCAUCGAUAAAAGACCAUACUGUGCAGCCGUAUUCAUCAACCUGGCCAAGGCUUUUGACUCUGUCAAUCACAGCAUUCUUAUCAGCAGACUCAACAGCCUUGUUUUCUCAAAUGACUGCCUCGCCUGGUUCACCAAAUACUUCUCAGACAGAGUUCAGUGUGUCAAAUCGGAGGGCCUGUUGUCCGGACCUCUGGCAGUCUCUAUGGGGGUGUCACAGGGUUCAAUUCUCUGGUCGACUCUUUUCUCUGUAUACAUCAAUGAUGUCGCUCUUGUCGCUGGUGAUUCUCUGAUCCACCUCUAUGCAGACGACACCAUUUUGUAUACUUCUGGCCCUUCUUUGGACACUGUGUUAACAACCCUCCAGACGAGCUUCAAUGCCAUACAACACUCCUUCCGUAGCCUCCAACUGCUCUUAAAUGCAAGUAAAACUAAAUGCAUGCUCUUCAACCGAUCGCUGCCCGCACCUGCCCGACUGUCUAGCAUCACUACUCUGGACGGUUCUGACUUGUUCUGAUAUGUGGACAACUACAAAUACCUAGGUGUCUGGUUAGACUGUAAACUCUCCUUCCAGACACACAUUAUGCAUCUCCAAACCAAAAUUAAAUCUAGAAUCGGCUUCCUAUGUCGCAACAAAGCAUCCUUCACUCAUUCUGCCAAACAUACCCUCGUAAAACUGACUAUCCUACCCAUCCUUGACUUCGGCGAUGUCAUUUACAAAGUAGCCUCCAACACUCUACUCAGCAAAUUGGAUGCAGUCUAUCACAGUGCCAUCCGUUUUGUCACCAAAGCCCCAUAUACUACCCACCACUGCUACCUGUAUGCUCUCUUUGGCUGGCCCUUGCUUCAUAUUCGUUGCCAAUCCCACUGGCUCCAGCUCAUCUAUAAGUCUUUGCUUGGUAAAGCCCCACCUUAUCUCAGCUCACUGGUCACCAUAGCAGCACCCACCCGUAGCACGUGCUCCAGCAGGUAUAUUUCCCUGGUCACCCCCAAAGCCAAUUCCUACUUUGGCCUCCUUUCCUUCCAGUUCUCUGCUGCCAAUGACUGGAACGAACUGUAAAAAUCCCUGAAGCUGGAGACUCAUAUUCCCCUCACUAACUUUAAGCAUCAGCUGUCAGAGCAGCUUACAGAUCAUUGCACCUGUACAUAGCCCAUCUGUAAAUAGCCCACCCAACUACCUCAUCCCCAUAUUGUUAUUUUUUCUUUGCUCCUUUGCACCCCAGUAUCUCUACUUGCACAUUCAUCUUCUGCACAUCUAUCACUCCAAUGUUUAAUUGGUCAAUUGUAAUUUAUUUCGCCACUAUGGCCCAUUUAUUGCCUUACCUCCCUAAUCUUACUUCAUUUGCACACACUGUAUAUAGACUUUUCUAUUGUGUUAUUGACUGUACGUUUGUUUAUUCCAUGUGUAACUCUGUGUUGUUGUUUGUGUCGCACUGCUUUGCUUUAUCUUGGCCAGGUCGCAGUUGUAAAUGAGAACUUGUUCUCAACUGGCCUACCUGGUUAAAUAAAGGUUAAAAAAUUGUUUUUUUAUAUAUAGAUAUAUAAGAACCAAAAAAGAUAAUGGAGCAUUUGAAUAGUAGAUAAAAUUCUAAUAGAUACAACGUUUAAACAUAGUGCAUGCGUGUAGAAGUACCAAAGUAAACUUCAAUUCACAUCACCUGUUGAAUAUUUUUGCAUAAAGCAUGAAUAUCUGGCUGUGUUCUGUGUACAGUAUAAGUUUAACCUUCUCAUUGAACUAGGCUUGACAGACAUAAACUAUAUGCUGCUUACAAUCCCCUUUGCUUAUUCAAGUGUUUUGUGACAGUGUUUGCUUACAAGUAUACCUAAUGUAAAUAUAUCGUAGUUCAUGUACAGAAUAUUAUGUGAUCUGUCUUCCUCCUGAUUUUCUUUCUAUAAUGAUUCUGUAAAUGUAUAUCUAUGUUAUUCCUUAUCUGCUUGUGUUGGUCAAAACCUAUUUGUAAAUUUGUCCAUUUGUUUUAUAUAGCUUAUCUUAGAAAUCAAAUAAAGAUAUAUGAUUAAGACUUA